CCUUUUGUACCAAAAUGAUCUUCCUUGACCAUUGAGCACCAGAAUUCAUCAAAUGACAGUGCUGUUUUCAACUGAGUUGAUUCCCCAUGGCCUACCCAUUAACCCACAACAACUAAAACCAGCUUCAAAUUCAUCUUCACACAACACUUCAUUGGUGAGUUGCUUGAGCCAUGACAGUUCUAAAGAUGGCAUUAGAAAGUCCAGAAACAAUCAGAAAAUCUGGGUUUCUGCUGAAACAAAACCAACCCAUCUCUUAUCUUUUGAUUUUAAGGAAUCCCAUCUGAUGAAACUGCUCAAUAGGUCCUGCAAGGCAGGCAAGUACAAUGAAGCAUUUUACUUUCUUGAAUGCAUGGUCGGUAAAGGUUACAAGCCUGAUGUUGUUCUUUGUACAAAGAUGAUCAAAGGGUUCUUCAAUGGAAGGAACAUUGAGAAAGCCACCAGGGUGAUGAAGAUCCUGGAGAAAUAUGGGGAGCCUGAUGUUUUUGCUUACAAUGCAUUGAUUAGUGGGUUCUGCAAGAUGAACCGUCUCGAUUUCGCUAACAAAGUGCUCGAUCGAAUGAGGACUAGAGGGUUUUCGCCCGAUGUUGUUACGUACAAUAUCAUGAUCGGUAGCUUAUGUAGUAGAGGGAAACUCGAUUCGGCUUAUAAGGUCUUGAACAAGUUGUUGAAGGAUAAUUGUAAGCCUUCUGUUAUCACGUACACGAUAUUGAUCGAGGCGACGAUCCUUCAAGGCGGAAUCGAAGAGGCUAUGAAACUCUUGGAUGAAAUGUUAACCACUGGUCUUAGACCUGAUAUGUUCACUUACAAUGCAAUUAUAAGAGGGAUGUGCAAAGAUGGGAUGGUGGACAGAGCUUUUGAGUUUGUUAGGAGCUUAAAUGCUAGGGGUUGUAAACCAGAUGUUAUUUCAUACAACAUUUUGCUAAGAGCUCUUUUGAACCAGGGGAAGUGGGUUGAAGGCGAGAAACUCGUGUCGGAAAUGGUUUCCAAAGGUUGUGAACCGAAUGUCGUCACUUAUAGCAUCUUGAUCAGCUGUCUUUGUCGCGAAGGGAAGGUCGAGGAGGCCGUAAAUGUAUUGAAGAUGAUGAAAGAAAGGGGUUUGACACCUGAUGCUUACAGUUAUGAUCCAUUGAUAUCUGCAUUCUGCAAAGAAGGGAGAUUAGAUUUGGCGAUCGAGUUUCUGGAAUAUAUGAUCUCUGAUGGUUGCUUGCCGGAUAUCAUCAACUACAACACGAUCUUAUCGACUCUUUGUAAGAAUGGAAAAGCUGAUCAGGCUUUGGAAAUCUUCGAGAAGCUAAGUGAAGUGGGAUGUCCUCCAAAUGUGAGUUCUUACAACACAAUGUUCACUGCACUUUGGAGCACAGGGGACAAGUUCAAGGCCUUGGAAAUGAUAUUGGAGAUGCUAAGUAAACGAAUCGGUCCAGACGAGAUUACGUACAAUUCGCUCAUCUCGUGUUUGUGCAGAGACGGGAUGGUAGACGAAGCUAUUGAGUUGCUGGUAGACAUGGGACGAAGUAGGAUUCAACCGACGGUUAUCAGUUACAAUAUCGUUCUUCUCGGUUUAUGCAAAGUACAUCGCAUCGAAGAUGCCAUCGAAGUAAUGGCAGCUAUGGUGGAGAAGGGAUUGCAGCCGAACGAAACGACUUACGUAUUGUUGACUGAAGGGAUCGGUUUCGCCGGAUGGCGGUCUCAAGCAAUGGAAUUGGCCUAUGCUCUGGUCAGAAUGGAAGCAAUAUCAGAAGAUACAUUCGAACGUUUGAACAAAACUUUUCCUUUUCUUGAUGUUUAUAAAGAGUUUGCUCUUUCGGAUUCUGAUAAGUAAACCCCUUUAACCUUGUUAUACUUGUU